CGCUACCUCCCGGCUGUUGGCGGUCGGAGAGCCUCCCUGGGCUGCCUGCCAGAGGCUGCCUGCCCUCCCCGUGUCCCCUGCAGCCCACGGGGGACCCCGGCAGCCAGCGAGCAGAGCCCUUAGGAAGUGGGGCUGGGCUGCACACACGUCGUGGGGGGACAGGGACGAGCAGCACUUCUCUGAGGCAAGAACCUGGGCUUGGCUUUGGCUCCCGGCAACAUGAAGCGUUGUCUACACCGUGCUGCUUUGUGUCCCUGAAUCCGGCCGGCCUGCAGAGGUGGCAGCGUUAGGGUGAGGUUGGCUCCCCAAGCUCGGGUGGAAUGUGCUGCGGGGGCUCUGCAGCGUGUUCGGGCACCUCCUAGCAGUCGCUCCCCUCCCUGCUGUCACUGCUGCAAAGAAGCCCCCUCCUGCUUCCCUCUUUUGCCGGAGCGUGGCCUUUCCUGCCCCCGUGGCAUGCCUAAGACAUCUUCAGUUGUCUAAAAGCAAGCCAGUCCCAGGAUAAGGACAGCAGCGAGUGAUAUAAUGCGGAAACCAGGCCCUCAGAAAGCCAUAGACUGGAAAGAUGGUAAAAAGCACAAGUACGGCCGCCCGUCAGAGUCUCCCUCCCAGUACCAAGGUCACUUCACGUGGGAGAAAUACCUGAAAGAGACAUGUGCUAUCCCAGCUCCUGCCCAUUGCUUCAAGCAGUCAUACACUCCACCUGCAAAUGAAUUCAAGAUCAGUAUGAAACUAGAAGCCCAGGACCCCAGGAACACCACCUCCACUUGUAUUGCCACGGUGGUGGGUCUGACAGGCGCACGCCUCCGCCUGCGCCUCGAUGGCAGCGAUAACAAGAAUGACUUCUGGCGGCUGGUGGACUCUGCUGAAAUCCAGCCCAUAGGAAACUGUGAGAAGAAUGGAGGGAUGCUGCAGCCUCCACUAGGCUUUCGGCUGAAUGCCUCCUCUUGGCCCAUGUUCCUUCUGAAGACUCUGAAUGGAGCAGAGAUGGCUCCUGUCCGGAUUUUUCACAAGGAACCACCAUCUCCAUCCCAAAACUUCUUCAAGACAGGUAUGAAGCUGGAGGCAGUGGACAGGAAGAACCCUCACUUCAUCUGCCCGGCCACCAUUGGGGAGGUGAGAGGUUCUGAGGUCCUCAUAACAUUUGAUGGCUGGAGAGGUGCCUUCGAUUACUGGUGCCGAUAUGAUUCCCGGGACAUCUUUCCCGUAGGCUGGUGCUCGCUGACUGGAGAUAAUCUGCAGCCCCCUGGAACAAAAGUUGUGAUUCCAAAGAGCCCUUUACCUGCCUCCGAAGUAAACUCGGAGAAACCUAGCAUGCACAGUAGCACAAAGACUGUUUUGGGGCAUCAACAAGGGCAAAGGCGUCGCAAAACAGGGAAGAAGCGUGGUCGAACGACCAAAGCGCUAAUCCAUCACCCCAUGCCUACACCCUCCAAGUCAGUGGAGCCUUUGAAAUUCCCCAGAAAGAGAGGCCCCAAGCCUGGCAGUAAGAGGAAACCUAGGACAUUGCUGAACCCAGCACCCACCUCUCCAACAACCAGUACCCCCGAACCAGACACAAGCACUGUGCCUCAGGACGCUGCUACAAUCCCCAGCUCUGCCAUGCAGGCUCCCACAGUUUGCAUUUACUUGAACAAGAAUGGCAGCACUGGGCCUCACCUAGACAAGAAGAAAGUUCAGCAGCUGCCGGACCAUUUUGGACCAGCUCGAGCUUCUGUUGUCCUGCAGCAAGCAGUACAGGCCUGCAUUGAUUGCGCUUAUCAUCAGAAAACAGUCUUCUCCUUCUUAAAACAAGGCCACGGGGGAGAGGUCAUCUCAGCUGUGUUUGAUCGGGAACAGCACACUCUGAACCUGCCAGCAGUAAACAGUAUCACCUACGUCCUCCGCUUCCUGGAGAAGCUCUGCCACAAUCUUCGCAGUGACAACCUCUUUGGGAACCAGCCUUUCACUCAGAACAGCCACAUGCAGCGCUCACACGAGUACGACCACGACAGGUAUCUACCAGACAGAAGCAGUUCAUUAGACGGCACUCUGCAGGGACCAGGCCGGGGUACAAAGCGGUAUUCCCAAGAUUCCCCUCCAUACAGUGCUCCUCUCUCCCCCAAGUUACCAAAGAAUGACCGUCACCCUUUGGAAGGUGAAACCUUUGUCCUGGGAGAUGGCCUCCCAGGGCCCUUGGAGCCUCGCCUGGACCCCAUGGACUCUGCCUUGAACUCUGUCAAUUCAUCCAGCCACAGCAGGAGCUCCAGAGACUAUCGCCUGCAAGGAUACAGGCACCUGCACCAACCCUCUAGCCUCACCCAGGGCAGUACCUCUGCCUUGCGUAGGCUUAGCUCUGGGGGUUCAGACAGAUACCUUGGAUCUCGAGACGUCUCGCGGCUCAGCAGCCGUGACCCCUCAACCUGGACGGUGGAGGAGGUGAUGCAGUUCAUCCGAGAGGCGGAUCCACAGCUGGGACCCCACGCUGACCUCUUUCGAAAACAUGAGAUCGACGGGAAAGCCCUGCUCUUGCUGCGGAGUGACAUGAUGAUGAAGUACAUGGGGCUGAAGCUGGGGCCAGCCCUGAAGCUCACUUACCACAUUGACAAGCUAAAGCAAGGCAAGUUCUGAGAGGACGCUUGGCAGGAGGGAUACUGGAAGCUCCGCUCCUGGCCAUCCAUACCCGCGCUCGCCUGCCGACAGGUACGCAUGCACACACACCCAUUUACGCCGCAGACGGACACCUCGCCGACACCCCAGCCCCGCUGCAGGGGUCCAGCCGCCCGCCCGCCCCUGCGCCAGCGGCCGGGCCCUGGUGGGCACUUGGCAGGAGGCUGGCGCCCAGUUGGCCCCAGGGCCUCGCACUGGACUCGAGUCGUGGCCGUCCUGGUGGAAGCGGAGGGUCUCUCCCUGCUGCCGAGCCGGCGCUUCUCCACGGGCUGCUGGUCCUGCGUCCCUGGGAUGGAGCAGCAGCUCUGGGCAGAGCCAGGGGACUGGGCGCUCGCACUGGCUCCUCUCCCUCUCGCUGCGGCUCGUGCGCCUCCAGCCUCGCCUGCCCUCGGCUCCCAUCUCGGCGGGGUGGGGGGCUGGCGGGGCGGGGGGCGGGACGCUUUGCGCUUCGCCAGGCAGCCCGGCUGCGAGGGGCGCAGCACCCCCGACCCGUGCUUGGGCCCUGUGGCGCCGCGGCGAGCUCCGAGCAACGACCACUGGUCCCGGGGGGCGCUCGCCGGAGCGCUGCCUGCCCUCAGCUCCCGGCCUCCCUGCGGCUGGGGACACCGCGCGGGGAUGGAGACCUUCGUAUUUAUUUCUGACUGGGGAGGCCGUGCGGCGGCGCACGGCGCUGCCGGGAGCGUGGGGCGAGCUGUGGGAGAGCCGAGGAGCAUGGCUGGGUCUGGCGUGCCCGUGGCAAGGACGAGCCUGGGUCGGCGUCGGAGGCUGGCUGGAUGCUGCAGGACUCAACUGAUCCUUCUUUUUUUCCUUUUUUGAGUUUUUUGGGUUUUUUUUAAACUUUUUUUUAAUAAGGAGUUGUCUGUUUAAAAUGAUGAAAUGAUUUUUCUACCUGUUGUUGAACUCUCAACUCUUGGAUAAUUUUUUUAGCCAGAGAUGCAAAGGUUCAUCCUCCCAGGGGCCCUCCCGACCCUCUGGUGUUUCGGUCCGUUCCAGCUCAGCAUGUGCAAGAGGGUUUUGGGUCUGGCAAGUCGGAGGAUCCCGGUGUGGUGACCUGUCCUUGCGUUGUUCUUCCUGCGAGGGCUUUGCUCUACCCGGUGGCACCUGUUUGUUUCAGACAGUCUAAUGUAUUUAUUUUUGAUGGCACUUGAGCGGUAACCCGCUGUCCCAGGCACGUUACUGCAGCUGCAAGAGGAGUGUCGGCGUGGUGGCCGCCCAGCCGUGCCGCUGCGUCCCCGGGGCUGCCAGGCUCGGGGCUGCAGGCGGGGAGAGGGGCUGCCCGGCCCCUGGAGCAUCUCCUGCCCCGCCUGGGCCGGGCUGGGCAAGGGCCGACGCGGAGGGGCGCGGAGGCGGCAAGGGCUGUCCCAGGCGUGCGCCCACAGCAUGCUCCUGAAGGGCUGGGAUGGGGAAUCUCCACUGCAAGCACUUCUGGCUUUAUCUCACCCUCUGUGCAUCCAGAGCAUCCCACACCCUCGUCCCUGCCAGCCGCGGGGGCCCUGGCCAGCAGCAGGAAGGGCCCCCGGGGUGGCCGACCCCCCCCAGCUCUUGCACUGGGUCAGGUUUACCCCUAAGGGGAACAGUUACAAAAAAAAAAAAAAAAAGAAACCAAACCCCAAAGUAAUAGGAAGGCUUUGUGUUGUACGACAAGGUCUGUGCUGCAGGCCCUGCUGCUGCACCGGUGUGCUCGGAGGGAGGUGGGGCUCCGGCCACGCGCAGAGCCCCGGCGCUCACCGCAUCGGCCCCGGGACGCCCCUCGUUUUUACCUGAUGCUGAUCCUGCUGGCCGCUGCAGACAGGUCCCCGUGCGGGGUCAGCCAGUGCUUUCCUCUGCACUUAUUUUACGUUGAUUUGUUUAUAAAUAAAAGGAUAACUAAGUUCCUC